UCAGGGCAACUUGGCUAUGGUCAAUUUGCUGCUAGCGAACAAAGCCGAUGUGAAUGCGGUGGACAAAGAGGGUCAUUCGGUGGUGCAUUGGGCAACGGUUUGUGGCGAGGUGGGGGCUCUAAGGGCCGUCUUAGCUGCUGGCGCUAAUGUGACAACACCCGACAUCAAUGGUGGCUCACCUUUGCAUUAUGCUGCCCAAAUGUGUGGGGCCAGUUAUGAGGGCAAACUCAGUCCCAUGAGUUCGCACAAAUUGGCCUUGGAAAUUUUGGCCGUACUCUUGGCCCAUCCCCAGUGCAGUGUGGAUGCCGAGGAUAAGGAUGGACGACAGCCUUUAUUGUGGGCUGCUUCAGCGGGUUCAGCCAAAGCCAUUAUGUCAUUGGUCAAGGCAGGAGCUCGUGUUGAAAGUGCUGACAAAGAUGGCCUAACGGCUUUGCAUUGUGCUGCCUCAAGAGGCCAUACGGAAUGCUUGGACACCUUGAUCAGUCUAUGUGGAGCUCCCACCGAUCUUAUCGAUUCCAAUGGCUGCACUGCUUUGCAUUAUGCUGUAACACUGGGUCAUGCGGAUGCCACUUCACGUUUGUUGGACUUUGAAGCUGAUCCCAAUCGCCAGGAUCGCAAGGGCCGCACUCCGGCCCAUUGUGGAUGUGCCAAGGGUCAAUUUGAGACAGUGAAACUGCUCAAGGAGCGCAAUGCCAACCUGUGGCUACGCAAUGCCAAAGGAGAUCUUCCCCUGCAUGAGGCAGCUUCCUCGGGACGCCGUGAGCUGGUCGAAUGGCUGCUGGAACAAAGGCCAAAGCAGGUCAAUACGACCAGCAAUGAUGGACGAAGUUUGCUGCACAUAGCUGCCCACAAUGACUACACGGACAUGUGUAAACUGCUCAUAGACUAUGGGGCUGAUAUCAAUGCGGUGUAUCGCAAUUCAAAGGGCGUGGUCAUCACUCCCCUGGAUUGUUCUUUGCAAAAGGGUCAUCGUUCCACGGCGAAAUUUCUUCAGUCACAUGGCUGUCUGCCUGCAGGAAAACUGAAACUGGCAGCAAGACGUGCGAAUCCUUUUGCCCAGCCUUCGCUGGAGGUGGUGAAACCUCUGCAAUAUGUGGAGAAAGAGGAGAUACAUGAUCUGAGUAAUUCCAAGAAAUAUGUGGUCUAUUUAAAACGCUCCGAGUCUGAUGGCGGCGAAGAUGGAGGCAGCUGCAGUUGUGCCGAGGAAACCUAUAGGCGAGAGCAGCGUUACGCCCACACCUGCCGACGUCAUCAAAAGGCCAAAGUUGGAGGGCGGCAAUUGAGAAGACGCACCAGCAGCUGUGGUGAUCCCAAAGAGUCCGACCAUGACUGCGGAGGCAUGUGCCGCUCCAAGAGCAACAUUGAAAUCAGACGUCGCAAAUCACGAGAACGUUAUCUCAGCUCCAGCGAAUGGGAGGACGAGGAGGAUGAUGAAGAUUCCUGCGAAAACUGCUGCUAUCACAAGCGCCAGAAGCAGAAAGUUCUGCAUAAGAGAAAAUCGGUUACAUGCAAGCGUUCCCGAGAGCUGGAAGAUUCUGAGGGCAAAGGUGGGGGAGGGGAAGACGGGGGCCGCACUACCACAAAACCUAGUAAGGAGCAGGAAACAAGCCGACAGAAAUCCGAAGGAAGCAGUGAAAAAGUGGAAGGCAGUGAAGCAAAAGUACCUGACCUGGGCAGCACAACAGCAACAACAUCCGGCGAAAUUGUGGGUGACACAAGAAUCUUCAGUCGCUCUCCCUCACCAACUAAGCCAUCGGUGCCAACAACCCCAACGGCCACAGCUAAGGAGGGGACCUUCAUCAAAAGUCCUUCUCCCUUAGGGAAAGAGAGCCUAGAAGUGUCUGUUGUCACAUCUACCUCCACAGCAGAGCUAACCGACGAAGAUGAGGCGAAUGAGAAUGCUUCCAAGAAUAUAUUAGCCGAGGUGCAAGUUCAUCAUGGUCCCGACGAUGAGGGUGAACCGGCCGAAGCCCAAAAGUCAGAAGAGGCGACAGGAUCCACUGCCACAGCAUCGGCAUCAGCAUCUGAAGAAAGUAAAACACAGUCCACGGAAACGGAAGAGGUGGCCAAACAAGUUGAAGAAAUCAUAGAUAAAGCCACUGUCAUAGUGGAGACAGCAGUGGCUCCUCCGGUGACUGCCUCCGCUUCAGGAGAAGCUGAAGAAGAAGCAAAGGAAUCUUCCAAGGACACAGAAAAUGAAAAACCCCAAAGUGAAGAGGCAAAAAGUGAAGAAAAACCUGAGGAAACUUCAAAAGAAGAAGAAACAAAGGAAGUCCAUAAAGAGGAAGUACAAAAAGCAGAAGAACAAAAGACGGAGGAAGCUAAUACCCAGCCUGCCGCAGAUGAUAAGGCCCCGGAGGCCCAAGCUACAGAGGUAUCAGAAAGUACCGAGAAAAAGGAAUCACAAAGCAAAGAAGAAGAAGCGGAAGAAAAAUCAUUUGACACUGUGAAAGACAUGUCCGAGCCAACGCCAGCAACCGAUAACCCGCAAGUUCCACCAUCGCCUUCACCACUUCCAAACCAAACUUCCGAAACAGCUACACUUCAAGAUCAACAACAGCCAGAGCCAUCUGCAGCUCAAACAAACCGUAAUACAACCAAACCAAGCGAAACCACAUCUUCCAAAUUUCAGACUACCUCAGAUGAAGUGAAGACAGAUUCCAAGGAAAUGCAGGACAAUAAUGUGCCUCCCGCAACAACAACGCCAACCGAUGGCACCUCAAUACACCAACGCAAUCAGUCAUCCCCCGAUGCAGCCAAUGCCCCUUCGCGGGAACAAGAAUCCCGACGUUCUUUUACUUUACUUCCCUCUGAUUCCGCUGAAGAUGAGCAGCCCUUGCAGAUACAAAGUGAACCCGUGCGAAGAAAAUCCAGCUUCCAGGUGCUGAAGAGCGAUGAGUCUGUCAUUGAGGUUGAUGACUCCAACUCCCCCAGGGAAGAGGUGGAGAUGAGUGAUUCCACCGUCUUUAAAGUCUUGACUUUACCUCAAAAUCAACUCUUCGAAGGUGAUUCAAAUCGUUCUGAGGAUACUGUGCUCAAAGAUGAUGAGCUAGAAGAUGAGGAUGAACCUCAAGCGGUUGGUAGUCCCGACAGAGCGCAUUUCAGAACUCAUGAGGAUCCUCUAUCACCCUAUGAUUAUGCCUCCGGCAGAAAAAGACGUCUCAAGAAACGUGUCAAGAGUGGAGUUAAGAGCCGCAACAAUUGGCAGCAACAACAACAACAACAGCAGCAACAACGUGGCGGCGAGAUGGGCGAUGCCGCUGAUAUGCAUCAGAGUAACCGAGAUCAAGAUUCAGGAUUUGAACCCAGUCCUAGAACAUUUAAAACCAAAAUACCUACACCCCGCAAUGUCUACACUGCCCAUUUGCCCAGGCGUCCUUUGUAUACCACCCUGGAUGGUCGUUCCUGCAGCAGCCGUCAAGAGAAUCGCAAGGCUGGCGACAAAGGUGCCUGUGACAUGACAGCCGUUACCCGUUCCAUCCAGCGGAAUAUCAGAAGGUAUUACAUGGAACGUAAGAUCUUCCAACACCUACUCGAAUUAAAAUCAUUGCAAAUUCGUUCGAACAAAUUGAACGAAGCGGUUUUGGUAAAACGCGCCGUCGAUGAUUACCAUAAAUCGUGUGCAGCCUUAGGCGGAGAGACAGGAACUCGAUUGCGUCGCUACAAUUUUAGCGAAUACACUUUUAAGAAUUUCGAAUUGUUUCUCUACGAAACACUAAAGGCUUUGCAAAAACCCGGAACUUACAAUUUCCAGAAUAUCAAUGAAGUGUAUGAUGAGGCGGAACGUCGUUUGAGUCCUGAUUACAAUUCAUAUGAAAAGGCGCUACAAUGUACAACGAGGACACAUCGAUGUUUACAUGCUGCCCAUGCCUAUACAGGAAUACCUUGUGCCGCAUACAUUCCCAUGAUGAAUCAUCACACCAUGCCGAAAUUUGGAUUUGGCCCAUAUAAAAAAACCGGUGUCGGUAGCUUUUAUUUGCCUAAAAUCCUUACUACCGGCCCGGGGUGUGGGGGUAAGGUGUCCUUGGAAUUAUCACAUGGAAAGAAUAAACAACUAAUAUCACUGCCAUCCGACAAAUUGGAUUCGAAUAAACGAUACUUUGUGACAUUCACCGUCAAGGAAACGGAAAAAGCUGCGGGUGCUGCAGCAGCAUCGGCGGCAACAGGAAAUUGCGAAGGCAAAAAUAAUGAAAGCUGUAGUGGUGAAGGAGCGGGAGCCCAUUAGAGUGAAGGGAAAUAAUGUAGAUAGAUAGAUGGAAACAAGAAUAUGUGUGUUUGCAAGAGUAUGCGUGUGUGUAUGCGUGUGUGAAUGUAUUCGUAUGUGUAUGUAGCCAUAUGUUUUGUUGUAGCAUAAUGAUUUCAUCAAAAGCCUAAUUGAUGACAAAUUUGUGUUAAUUGUUAUUUCCAAUUUACCAGGAAUUCUUUUCCCUCUCAGCUUCUCCCUCUUGAUCCAACGCUGGCCUUGGUUAAUGCAAUGUCAUCUCGAAUUCAUACUGUCUUGCUGCCUCCCAUGGCUUCAAGUCGUUAACAUCAUCUUUCCGGAUUCUAUUUUUCAUUACACUUUGAUGCAGCUUCCACGUUCCAUCGGAGCUACCAGCUUGAAUGACAACAAUGGCAUUAUCCUUCAUUUGAUGCGUUCAUAAUGCGUCCGGAUGAUAAAGCUCAGUUUUUCGUUAAAUUAAGUUGCAAGGAUUCGUCCUCAUCGUAGUCGCAGUCUUGGUGGUGGUGGUGGUGUUGGUGCUGGUGCAUUGUCAAGUGUUGUGCAUCAUGGUCUUUGUGCUGGGGUGUUUCCAUUCUAGCAUUUGUUGUAGCUCCACUUCCGUGACUAUGACUUCAAUUGCUGGCAUGCUGCCGCAGACUCUGCCACCACUGCCACGUUCGAUGCUCUGCAGCUGCUACAAUACGCUUGUAAUCCAUGUUUCUGGAAAAGAUGUCAUUGUUAUUGCUUGUAAAUUCUUUGGCAACAGAGAUAAGCGCUGUGUUAUUAACGCUUCUUGUUCAACAGCGAGACGCAUUCAUGUCAGGCACUUUCGCAUACUUACGAGUAUUUCAGUUAAGCGAGACCAAGGCGACAGCACUCGCACACCAAAAAAAAAAAAGAGGAAAUGAAAAAAUGCUUAAAUUCUUUGGCAUUAUUCAAAGAACAGCAGUGAGUAGACAACAAAUCGAAAUACAAUGGAUGAUGGACAGUGGUUUCCUAAGUAUGAUUCAACAUUCUGGCUGAAAAGUGAAGGAAGAGAUUGGUAAUAUAGAAGAAAACAAGUAAAAGCGUGCUGUGUUGGGCCGGGCUGAACCUUGGGAACACACCACCAUGAAUUCUGCUGAAAUAUGUGAGCUAUAUCUGGUUAAAGACCGAUUUGGACUGUACUUGACACAGUUAUUGAGAACCAUAAGAGAACACUAUGUGCAAAUUUCAGACAAAUCAGAUAAAAAUCGCGCCUUGUAUGGGCUUAAGAAGUCAAAGUCUAUCAGCAUGUUUUCCAAUCAGACACACAUGAUGACCUGUCAUAAGGGACACGAUUAGGAGACUUCUGUUCUACACAAUGACAACAAAGUGGUUGACUUCUUAAAGUUAAUAGUGGGUCACAUAAUCGCAUAGCAUUCACAGCUCCCAACUCAUGAGCAUCUGUCAUCCGGUGCCCUUUAUAUUGUCUUGUUUUAAAGAAUUAGCCUACGCUCAUAGAAAAAUGUUUGCUGAAAAUAGCAAA